AAGACAGUUUCUUUUUAACAGCACAUGUUUGGUAUAAUUGUCUGAAGCUGUAGUGAUUGAGGAGUCCAGGGGGUUGCUUCUCAGUGACCAGCCAUGGUGUUCUGUCUUAUUUUGUGGGUUUCCUGGAUUUCUAUACUGUCAAAAUGCCUCUAUGUUUCAGCUGGAAAUGGGUUUCCAUAUCGGCCUGCCUAUUCCACAACAAACCUCCUGAUGGAUGAAGAUGAUGCCCAUGACUCAUUAAGCUUUGAUGACAUAAACAAAGGGCACUCAAAGUCACCAACAUCAGUUUUAUAUUUUAGUUUUGAUGGUCAAUAUACUCAACCUGGAAAACUACCGGAGAUUCAAAGUAUUCCAAAUGUUGAGAACAUUCUCAAUGGUAUUUCCAGAAAGUGGGAUUCAAACCUCUUUGAACCAAUCACAUUUCCUUUAAAGCCUGGUAAUCCAGUUGUUGAUUUGACACUGACCAAGCCAGCUGUGGUCAAGCCUCAGGGAAGCCCAUUGGAUGCAUUCAGUGGCAUGAAGCCAGCCCCUAUAAGCCUUGUUGGAACUGGAUCUUAUGACCCUCUGGCAAACCUUAAGCCAAGCCACACUUCAACCUCUUGGUCUAUGGCUUCUCCUGGACUUCUGUCGAAGCAACCUGCAAAUCCUGGCAGUGAAGAAAUACCCCUGUCACCUUUUCAGUACCGCUAUGUCUCUAAUAGCUCCAGUCAAAAAAGGAUUGGUUCAAGUACAAUUCCAAGCCUGUUUGAGGGAGCGUCUGGCCGUCACACUGUGGAUGCAAGCUCACCUGGAAGUGGUAAACCUCAACCUCGUCCUUCAAUGUUUAACCCUUCUCCAAACUAUGUGUCCUUUGACACUGGCAGCCAUUUUGGUCAGCAGAAUGACUUUAUCGGGCAAGACACUGUGAACUCAGUUUUACAAAGGAAGCUCCCAAUGAAAAAUCCUUUAGAUUCUGAUCAUCAAAGUGGCCAGCGCAACUUCAUUGAUGCUGGACCACCCACUGAUCAUGCAUCUACAAUGUGGAAAACUCCAUUUGAUGGCACAGAAAACCAAGUAAGCAACGAGUGGAUGAUCCCCUUCUUCAAAAUGGUUGACAACUGGAACUUUGACUUUCCUCAAAUGGACUUUAAGCCCCAAAAGUCCGUGAGCAGCUCAAAGAAAAGCAAAAUUUACCAACCAGUUAACAGUAUGAGGCCUCAAAAACGCAUCAUCAACUCCAAAAAUGCCUACAAAAGGGGAAGGUUUGUUUUAUCCAAAACAACUUACACUCCAGAUCAUCAGAUGCAACAAAUCAAGGAUGCCACAGUAUUGAGGUCUUCUAAAAGACCAACACAAAGUGUCAAACUCUAAGGAACACUUGAAGGUUCCAACUUUGAAGUGGUGCUCUUUGAAAUAAAUUGUUUUGUACAAACCUG